UCUAGCAAAGGUCGAACCAGACCGUGAGACGCUGGUGCACCAGAGGCAAAGCACAUUUGCUCCACACCUGCACAUCUCCACCACUGUGAACAGAGAGCAUGGAGGAAGACCUAAAGAAGAGGCCCACGUCCAGGGGUCUGAGUACCCUGGAGAAGAGCCUGAUACUACUGUUUGUGGCUCUGACUGGCGCCUGCAUCGGACUGGUGGUCAUCUACUUCACUGACAAGAACAGUGUCUCCACUGAUGAAGAGGUCAAUUCAGGAUGCGGGGGUCCUCAGGCACUCAAGGGCCCGUUGGGGGAGUUCACCAGCAUGAAUCACCCCAGUAGCUACGACAACGGCAUGAGCUGCAGCUGGCACAUCACUGUGGACCCAGGCAUGGUAAUCCAUUUGUGGUUUGAACACUUCUCCCUGGAGGCAACAGACCUGUGCACAGCAGACUACUUUACAAUACAGGACAACUUGGGAGUCAUCGGGAGGUUGUGUGGGCGCUCCAAACCCGGGCCGAUAGUGUCAUUAGGAAACUCUAUGUUGUUGUUCUUUGACACCAAUGACAGAAAUACAGACAAGGGAUUCAAAGCAAAGUACCAAGCUGUGACACCAGAGAGUACUUUAGAAAUAGCCGGGGCUGGUGGCGCUCUCCAAGGUGACCGCGGGGAACUACUGACCCCUGGGUUCCCAGCACAGAACUAUGAGAACGGGGCUCUCUACCAGUGGAGGAUCACUGUACCAGAGGGAGAGAAGAUCAGACUGAUGUUUUCCUCCUUCGACCUGGUCCCUGAGGCCUGUAGAGAUUACGUAGAUGUCUACGAUGGCCACAAAACCGGCUCCGUCAUGUUGGGUCGAUUCUGUGGUAGUAAGAAUCCAGGCCGCGUGGAUUCCAGUGGCAACACGAUGGUGGUGCGUUUCAAAAGCGAUGCCACUCACACCUCCAAGGGUUUCAGUGCCACAUUCACCAAGACCGGCCUCAUCCCGGCCACGGUCAAACCUACCACCAUGAUGCCCACAACACUAGCUAUAACAGACUCAGGCUGCGGUGGUGUCGGAACUCUGUUUGGCCGUAAAGGGGAGAUCCAUUCUAUGGGAUUCCCAGAUGCGUAUCCCGGGAAUCUUCACUGCUCCUGGAACAUCACAGCUCCGGAAGGCUUCCUGGUCAAACUGCAUGUCACAGACAUGUCCGUCACGGGAGAGGCGGGCCAGUGUGGCGAAGACAAGCUUGUAGUUUCUGACAGCCUCCAGGCGCUUGGCACACACUGUGGCUACGUCCUUCCCCCUGUGGUGGUCAGUGCCAAUAACAAGAUGUCCCUGAGCUUCCUGUCCGACUCACGUCUUUCUGACCGAGGCUUCUCUGCCAAGUGGGAGGCCGUGUAUCCUGAGGACAUUGCCGCGAUCCAGGGAUGCGGAGGGGCCUCCCAUGAGUUAAAAGGGGUUAUUAAGUCUCAGAACUGGCCUAUGAACUACAAGGCGGCCAGCGAGUGCAUGUGGAGUGUGGAGGUGCCCAAAGGGAAGACCAUAACUCUGACGUUCACCCACUUCGACGUGGAAGCCAAGGACAUUUUCACUUCCAAAUGCUUGGAUAACAUGGUGGCGUACGACAUCUAUAAUGACGGAGCUGAGAGUACAAAACACAGUGAGUACAAAUAUGGUCCAUGGUGUGGUACCAAACUCCCAGCCACCAUCACAACUAAGGGCAACAAGUUGGUGAUGCGUUUCCAUACUGACUUCUUCGUGGAGGCUAAAGGUUUCAGAGCCUACUGGACUACAGACACCACCCAGCCUGUUCCCACUGAGCCCCCUAUACAGCCUAACCCCUGGGACAACAUCACUGUAGCAUGGCCAACCACAUGUGGCAAACCCACCAUUCCCCCCACCAUCCACACCCGCAUAGUCAAUGGAGAGCCAGCCAACCCUCACUCCUGGCCCUGGCAGGUGUCCAUGCAGGUUUGGCCUAGCAGUCAGGAGACGCCCAAGUUCUUCCACACCUGCGGAGGAACUCUCAUCCAUAAGAACUGGGUCAUGUCAGCUGCCCAUUGCUUCAUACGGUACGCUGACGAGCUCCAGCGCUGGAAAAUGUGCCUGGGCAAACACAACCGGACGUUCACAGAAGACCCGGAGCGGUGCUUCGGCGUGACAGGCAUCUACCGCCAUGAGGGCUUCAAGUACCCCAAGUUGCCCACGGUGGAGUUCGACAUCGCCCUCGUCAGGCUGGGUGGGGAAGUGACCCCCAGCGAUCAGAUCUCCUACUCCUGCCUGCCCUCCCUGGAGGAGGUCCUGGAGGAGGGCAAGAAGUGUUACGCCACCGGCUGGGGAGAUGAGACUGGUGAUUCCAUGAAUGCCAAAGUGGCUGAGACCCUGAACCAGGUGGCCCUGCCGGUGGUGCCCUUCAACACCUGUAAGAAGAUGGACUACUGGUGGUUCCAGGUCAAGACCUCCAUGAUCUGCAUGGGCUACACCUUGCCUGACGAGCUCAAGUCUGUCUGUCAGGGGGAUUCGGGCGGUCCCCUGGUGUGCCAGGACUCUGCCAACGCUCCCUGGGAGGUGCACGGCAUCACCAGCUUUGGUCCCAAUGGCUGCAUCAUGGACCCCUUUGUUCAUUUAACCCCUGGAGUCUUUGUCCCUUCCUGUCCUCCCUUCAACUUACUUCCCAUCCCCUUUCCUCCUCUCUUUGUAGCAUCUGGCUGCGGCGGGCCAAAGGACAUGGCUGGCGAGAGCGGCGUGUUGUCCAGCAUGGGGCACCCGGGCAGCUACAGUAACGGUGCCCACUGCCAGUGGCACAUCAAGGUGCCCGACGGUAAACUGGUCCACCUGCACUUCCACAACUUCUCCCUGGAGGACACCCAGCUGUGUCUCAACGACAAGGUCACCAUCAACGACAGCUUAGCCAGCCUAGGUACCUACUGCAGUCACAUUCCCCCUCAGGACCUAGUGAGUAUCGGUGACAGACUGAGCCUCUAUUUCACCUCCAACAACAAGGUGGUGGACACCGGCUUCAGGGCCUCCUGGAAGGCUGUGGACCCCAGCCAGGCUUCAUGUGGAGGUGUCUUCAGCAGUGAGCAGGGAGAACUCACCUCUCCCAACUGGCCUAACAACUACCUAGACCAGGCUGUGUGUACCUGGCGUAUCUCCAUCCCCUCAGCUUUGAACAUCCACAUUGUCUUCACCCAUUUUGAGGUGCAGGCCGUGAACCAGCUGGGACAGUGUGUGGACUACGUAGAGAUCUACGGUGGAGCAGGGUUGACCUCACAAGAUCGCUUCUGUGGUUUUGCGCCGCCCGCUGAGGUUACUGUCGUCGGCAACACGGCUGUGGUCCGUUUCCUCAGCAACAAAGCCAAUGUGGAGAAGGGUUUCCGUGGUUACUGGACCACUGAUCCCAACUUGUUCCCCACUCUGCCUCCCCCUCCCGCUAACCCAUGGGACAACAUCACUAUCAGCUGGCCUGAGACGUGUGGCAGCCCUGCUGUACCCCCCAGUAGUGCCACCUUGAGAGUGGUCAACGGGGUAGAGGCUGUGCCCCACUCCUGGCCCUGGCAAGUCUCCAUGCAGGCCAGUCCGUUUAAUCCCAUCCCCUACAUGCAUGGCUGUGGAGGCUCCCUGAUCCACAAGCAAUGGGUCCUGACGGCCGCUCACUGCUUCAUGGCGCCUCUGGGUAACCCCACCUAUUGGCGCAUGUGUCUGGGUAAACACCACAUGAACUCAUCCCGGGACCUCCCUUCCCAUGAGGCCUGCUACACGGUGAACAGCAUUUGA